GGGCGCAGCCGAGCGGGGCGGCGACCACAGGUGCCCGCGGCCGGCCGGGGACCGACCCGACCCGGCCCGCACCCCAGCCCCAAACCCGAUUCUGGCCGCAAACCCGACUCCGACUUCCCUGGGUCCCGGCCCCGGUCCCUGGACCCUGGCCCUGGACCCCGGCCCCGACCCUGGACCUCGGACCCUGGCAGUGACCCCUGAUCCCGGACCCUGACUCCGAUCCUGGACCCCGACCUCCGACCCCGGCCCUGACCCUGAACUCCAGACCCUGGACUCUGACUCGCACUCCGGACGGGCCUUCCCGACAUGACGGGUCUGGAGGAGGACCAGGAGUUCGACUUUGAUUUCCUUUUCGAGUUUAACCAGAGCGACGAGGGCGCCGGGGUCGCCCCAGAGCAUUACAGCUAUGUGUCCUCCACCCUCAGUCCGGGCCUGCCCCUGCCCACGGCGCACCCCUCACUGCCAGUGCAGUGCCACGACAUGCAGACGUCAGCCCCCGGCCUCUCAGCCAUGGCGGCCGCGAGCCACCCCGCGGGGUACGGAGCUGCCGUGGACGGCGGGCCCUCGGGCUACUUUCUGUCUUCCGGCCACGUCAGGCCCAACGGAGCCCCGGCCCUGGAGAGCCCCCGCAUUGAGAUAACGUCCUACCUGGGGCUGCACCACAACAACAACCAGUUUUUCCACGACGUGGAGGUGGAGGAUGUGCUUCCCAACUCCAAACGCCCCCCUUCCACCGCCACCCUGAACCUGCCCAACCUGGAGGCCUACCGGGACCCCUCCUGCCUGAGCCCGGCCAGCAGCCUGUCCUCGCGCAGCUGCAACUCCGAGGCCUCGUCCUACGAGUCCAACUACUCGUACCCGUACGCGUCCCCACAGACGUCCCCUUGGCAGUCCCCCUGCGUGUCCCCCAAGACCACAGACCCCGAGGAGGGCUUUCCCCGAGGCCUGGGGGCCUGCAGCCUGCUGGGCUCCCCGAGACACUCACCUUCCACCUCGCCCCGCACGAGUGUCACAGAGGAGAGCUGGCUGGGGGCACGCACCUCCAGGCCCUCGUCCCCGAGCAACAAGAGGAAGUACGGCCUCAAUGGCCGGCAGCUGUCCUGCUCCCCGCACCACUCCCCCACGCCGUCCCCGCACAGCUCGCCGCGGGUCAGCGUCACGGACGACACGUGGCUGGGCAACACCACGCAGUACACCAGCUCGGCCAUCGUCGCCGCCAUCAACGCCCUGAGCACCGACAGCAGCCUGGACCUGGGCGACGGCGUCCCCAUCAAGGCCCGCAAGACCGCCCUGGACCACUCUCCCUCGGUGGCGCUCAAGGUGGAGCCGGCGGGCGAGGACCUGGGCACCACGCCCCCCGCGUCUGACUUCCCGCCGGAAGAGUUCCCCCCCUUCCAGCACAUCCGGAAGGGCACCUUCUGCGACCAGUACCUGUCGGUGCCACAGCACCCGUACCCGUGGGCCCGGCCCAGGUCCCCCACGUCCUACGCCAGCCCGUCUCUCCCUGCCCUCGACUGGCAGCUGCCGUCGCACUCGGGGCCCUACGAGCUGAGGAUCGAGGUGCAGCCCAAGUCCCACCACAGAGCCCACUACGAGACGGAGGGCAGCCGGGGGGCCGUGAAGGCGUCGGCAGGGGGACACCCCAGCGUGCAGCUCCACGGCUACCUGGAGAGCGAGCCCCUCACGCUGCAGCUGUUCAUCGGGACGGCGGACGACCGUCUGCUGCGGCCACACGCCUUCUACCAGGUCCACCGCAUCACGGGGAAGACCGUGUCCACCACCAGCCACGAGGCCGUCCUCUCCAACACCAAAGUCCUGGAAAUCCCACUUCUGCCAGAAAACAACAUGAGAGCCAUCAUUGACUGUGCCGGGAUCCUGAAGCUCCGGAACUCGGACAUCGAGCUGCGCAAGGGGGAGACGGACAUCGGCAGGAAGAACACGCGUGUGAGGCUGGUGUUCCGGGUGCACAUCCCGCAGCCCAGCGGCCGCACGCUGUCGCUGCAGGUGGCCUCCAACCCCAUCGAGUGCUCCCAGCGGUCGGCCCAGGAGCUGCCUCUGGUGGAGAAGCAGAGCGUGGCCAGCUGUCCCGUCCUCGGCGGGAAGAGGAUGGUCCUGUCCGGCCACAACUUCCUGCAGGACUCCAAAGUCAUCUUCGUGGAGAAAGCACCAGACGGCCACCACAUCUGGGAAAUGGAGGCGAAAACCGACCGAGACCUGUGCAAGCCAAACUCGCUGGUGGUCGAGAUACCGCCGUUUCGCAACCAGAGAAUCACCAGCCCCGUCCCGGUCAGCUUCUACGUCUGCAACGGGAAGAGGAAGCGAAGCCAGUACCAGCCCUUCACCUACCUGCCUGCCAAUGUUCCAACCAUAAAAACAGAGCCCACCGAUGACUACGAGCCGGCCCUGACCUGCGGACCAAUGAGCCAGGGCCUGAGCCCACUCCCGAAGCCCUGCUACAGCCAACAGCUGGCCCUGCCGCCCGACCCGGGGUCCUGCCUCGUGGCCGGCUUCCCGCCCUGCCUCCAGAGGAGCACCAUGAUGUCUCCGCCGCCCAGCACCAGCCCGAAGCUGCACGACCUGUCCUCCGCCCCCUACAGCAAGGGCAUGGCCAGCCCAGGCCACGGCCCCCUCGGACUUCAGCGGCCAGCCGCGGGGGCCCUCGCCGGCCCCGAGAUGCCGAGGCCCGUGGGUGUGCACCCCAGCUCCCCCCAGCAGCCGCCCCCUGCCCUGCUGCAGCCACAGGUGAGUCCACAACUGAGCAGCAGCCGUCCCCCGGGUGGCCAGCCAGCACUCUGUCCCCACAGCCCCUCGACUGCACUGCCAUCCGGUACCCAAGAGCCGACCUGUUUGCAGUCCUGCAGCCCAACCCGCCCACCCGGGAUGGGCCACCAGCAGCACCAACUGCCGAAGGUUCCGGAAAAAGAGCCUGCAGCCGCCCGGCCUGAGGUGCGUGAGGACAGUAAUCAGGGUCUGGCCCCCACUCCCGUAUCGGUCAAGCGAGAGCCUCAGGAGUUGGACCAGCUGUACCUGGACGACGUAAAUGAAAUAAUACGAAACGACCUCUCCAGCACCAGCACCCAUUCGUAGUUGGCAACAUCGGAACUCACUCAGGAGCCACAUGGUGUCGAUGGGUGACAGUGGAGGUUCAGCAUCCAGACUUCUGAAUAAAUAAACUGAACACACCUGGUACCACACAGACCUUCCAACUUACUGAAGAUGUGUUACACGUACAAAGAAGUAGCUCUUUAACCGGAAGGAAGGAGGGAAGGAAGGAAGGAAGGAAGGAAGGAAGGAAGGAAGGAAGGAAGGAAGGAAGGGCCACUCCAUCUGCUGAAGGAAAAGUCAUCUCAAGAAGAAAGUAAAGGGGUGGGGUGGGGUGAGUGUAGGAAACAGACUGUGUGACGGCACCCCCAUGGGAAUGACCCCACGUGGCAGCCUGACCCCAAUGCAUCCUCGGGCGCCCCUGGAUUUCAGUACUGGAAGUGCCUUAUUUAAUCCAACCACAGCAUCAGGGCAUCAAAGACUUAAGCAUUAAACUUGCUACCAGGAGAGUAUUUAUUGGAGCAAAGCUAUAAAAACAUUUCAUCAAGAGGCUUUAUCAAACUUUGCAAAAAAUAAGAGAAUACUGGCAAGCUAGGCAUUUGUGAGGAAAACCUAACACUCGUUUCCUACUUUAUUUCAACUUUUCCUGGGCGGCUGUACUAUAUAGUUUUGUUGCCUUAUUCAGUGCGUUUUAGGGAUCUUCCAGUGUUUCAUCUCAGCUCUUUCAUAAUAUCCUUCCCUCCCCUGUGAUACUAAAACCAUAGGAUUGUCCAUUGUAGCACGCUAGCAUUUUGUUUUUAAUCUGGCUUUGAACAUAGCACAAGUAGGUUGAAUAGCACAAGAUAGGUUACUGGACAAGAAAAGAAAUCUGUCACAGGACAGGUCUUGCAUUUGCAUGUAUGUACAUAGAUAGGCACGUAUUUAUGUAUAAAUAAUAAAUAACAGGUGGUCUUCGGUCUUCGCCCAGCAAGGGCUUCUGCGCCAGCAGUAACCAGUAUCCAAACCUGGCUCUUCAGCUCCUCCCCCUGGGCCCGUCACCCCCGACAGGCCUGCGUUUUUCUCGUCUCGUGCAGAUAACCGAGCACUUUAGAAGCCGGGGGAGGUGCGCUCAGAACACCCUGGGUUACCACAUGGCGAAAUUGGAAAGUAACUGUAAAUAACAUUAUGAAGGGAGUGUAAUAUAUUUGUUCAGCUAUAAGAUUAUUAUUUCACAGAAGCCUUAUAACUCAGCUUCCUGUAAGAAAACGAUUACCAAAAACAACGUUUUAAUAUGCAGCGAUCGUAGUAGGUUUCAGACUAGUUACUGUUAACAGAUAGGGUAGUGUAAGCUUUACGACUGCAUUUUGUACCAUUAACAGCUUCUUACACAUUACUCCUAGCCACAAUUUAUUGUUUCACAUAACCAAAAAGAAGCAUGGUUUAAUUAAAACAUGUUUUAACCUGCUACUUGUGCCUUAGGAAGUUAUGCCCCCUCCUGGAACCUGCCUGAACUGCAGCCGCGGGUGCAGGGUGUAGGUCGUCAUUGAACCUAACGUGACGGUGGAGAUUCUCCCGCCGAAAAAGUUAUUUUUAAAAUGCUCUUCUGUAUGAUGAUGUCUUACUUUUUUAACUCAACGAAAGAAACGAAAAAUCUGAAAGCCAUAUCUGUCACAUUUGCACAUGUUGGUGAGGAACUGAAGAUACAUGGCUACGUGUACAUACAUACGGUCCUGCCCCCCGCAGGCAUUGCUCCUGCCUGUGACCCCAGAACCCACCUCGCGUGUGGCAUCGUAGACUUGCAUGAGACAUUUCUGAUGGAUGUCAUGUGGAAAGGGAAUGUUUGAUAUUUGUGUCCGCUAUCUCUGUAGUUAGGAAAUAGACCCAAUAAAGCAAUACUUUCUCGCUGGACA